CGACCUGUUUGUAAACAUGUUCUGACAUUUCUUGUGUUGAUUUUCUCGUGCGUGUUUCGUUUUCUGAAAAUGGAUCGGUGCAGAGAUUGAUUGAAAAUUCGAAUUUUUUUUUAGUAAUAAUGGACGCGUAUCUCAAGCUAGAAUGGUCCAAGCAGCACCGCCGCAGCGAACUGCGCCUGUUGGAGUACUUCGCGAUCGAUUUUUCCCGCUACGAGGAGGACAUCCUGAAUCUGCACAUCAACGAAACCGACCCGGUGCACCAGCUGGGCGACGUUUACACGGACGUGGGCGGGACGCUGGAGUUUCCGGUGGAUCCGCGAACGGGCCAGGAAGUGCGCCAGCUGGAACUGGAUGCGACGCGGCCGUUCCGACUGUUUGAUCGGUUCCCGAGCGGGUCCAAUUUGAACCGGGCCGAGCAUCAGCACUGCUUGGCGGUGCAGAACCGGAUCAAUAUGAGGUUGGGGUUUGAGACGGCGGAGGAGGUGGAGGCGCUGGGGAAGUUUCAGCUGAUGGGGGUUAGGUUGACGAGGGAGCGGGUGCUGUUUAAUAGCUUUGUGAAGAAUUAUUUUUUGAACAAUUUGGCCGGGAGGAAGCGGACGAUUGAUGGGGAGUUGGACGAGCUGGUGGUUGGGGUUUGGCGGGGGAAGGUGGGGCGGAUGUUGGAGGAGAGGAGUGGAAAGUAUCAGCUGGCGACGGCUGUUAUGUGGCUGAGGUACAGGAAGAACGAGAAGCAGGUUGGGUUUGAGCCGGCCUCGGAGAACGUGCUGGAGUUGGGAUGUGUGAGGAACAUUUACACGGAGAAUUUGCUGCACGCGAGUACGUUGAGGAGGAGUAAGCGGAUUUUGGACCGGUAUUUGGAGGAGCAGCGUGAAACGAAGGAUGUGGACGAUGCGGUUCACGUGGAUUCUAUUUUGAGACAGGACGAGGAAGUUCGGUUUGUGGUGAAUUCGGGGGCGUUGUGCUAUCUGCUGGAUAAGGCUUGCAAUUUGGAGCAGCGAUGGGCGAUUCCGUUCCGGAUUGAGUCGGUUGGCGGUCGGAAUGUUGUGUUUAUCGAGAAGAAGUUGCAGCCGGUGCGGAUGUUGACGCACGAACGGAACGUUCAAGCUCACAAGUAUCUUGUGAGGAGUUUUAUGACGAUGGUGAAGAAGGAAGGUGCCAAACCGGAACAAGAAUCGAAUGUGAACGUAAAGAUCGAGUACAAAGCGGUUGGCUUUGAUGAAUAUUUGCAGCAGUUGGAGGCGAACCGGAAGCCGAGCGAACCAGUUCAGAAAAAUGUCUCGCUGCAACUGUGGAACCUGCAGGACGGGGACGAACAGUACCGAUUUUUGGUCCGCACUCGUACCGAUUGCUACGAAUCGCUGCGAAAGGUCAAGUUCUACAUCAAUAUCUCGAUCAAGCUGGAAUAUCAGACAGAGUUUGGUGCUGAACAGAUGACCAAAAGUGAGUUGAUCCGCGAGUGGACACGUCAACGGUUGCGACCUAACUCGAGAACUCUUCGGUUACGGAUCAACGCCAGCAAUCACAUCAUCCUUUCUCAUCAUUAUCUUGAACUAAAGGACAUUGAGGAAGAACUGAAACGUCUCUACGACAUUGAACCACAAAACCUCCUUACCAAUCUGUGGCAAACACUCCGCCUGAUAAUGCAAUUCCCGCCGGGAGAACACCUCCUCCAGCACGACACCAAAAGCCCCGAAACAGUAAUGAUCCUCUCGCAAUCUUCCACCACAUUCACCCUGGACCUUCACGCGCUCUACUCCAACGUCGAGUACGAACGGUGCGCACUGGAAGAGUACGACUGGGUUCCCAUCGACGCCACCGUUAUCACGAAGCUGCACCGCGAGCACACCCUCCUGCCGGGAACCUUCCCCCACUGGACCAAGCGCCACCGCAUUGUAUCCCGCGAAACGCUCAAACCGAAGCCAAAGCCAAAACCGGAAGCGCCCGUCAAACCGAAGAAGAAAAAGUCCAAAGCGAAGCGCAUCCGGCAAAAGCAAAAAGAAAAGGAAAGGCAAGCACAAAAGCAGAAGGAGAAGGAGGUUCAGCAAUCGCUGGAACAGUAUGCGCCGUACGAGGGACCGUCGAGGGCGCCCGCCAAGGAAGGGACACCGGCGAAGCAGGCUAGACCUGCUCCGGCCACGAUCGGAUUUGUGAAGGGCGAAUCGUUUGACUACCAGUCGUACGUAAAUCAGGCGAACGCAAAGAAGGACGAUUAAAUCGGUUUAUUUCAACCCUCCUCACAA